CCGAGAAAGGAGCGACAAGAGACAGGUAGAAAAAAAUCCGCGGGUGAAGACAGGAGGCCGGGGAAGGAAAUAAGACUUGGAGGCCUCGGCGUAGUGUGUAGUGGUGGAGAAAGGAUUUUUUCUUGGCUAGCUGGGGGCAGAAAUGAUUCCCUUCCCGAACUCCGCAAUCUUCAAAAGUCAGGGAAACGGCAGGCGUGCUGGGACCCGGGGGGCGUGACUAGGCGCGCCAUUGUGCAGGACUCCGCGGCUCCGCCCCGCCGCCCGGGCGCCCGGCGGCAGCGGGCCCUCCGGCCCGCCGGCUCCAGUAGGACUAGGACGGCCAGUCGAGCGGCCUCGCCCCGCUGGGAGGCUCAGAGGGGCGGAGGGAGGGCGGGCCGCCGCCCGGGCUCCCGGAAAGAAAACGCUCUUCCAGCGGAAGUGGCCCCAAGCCCCACACGUCCUCGACGCGCCGCGUCCCCGGGGGCCGUCCAGCAGGGCCUGCCCCUCGGGUGGGGCCGGGGGCACACUCGCCGCUCCGCGCCGGGCGCGGGCUACCUCCUCUCCGCCCGCGUCCUACUCGGAAGUGCCAGAUGCAACUUCCGCCAGGACAAGAGCUUUUUCUGGUGUCCACCCAGGAAUUCUCAUGAAUCAUUGACUGACCAGCACCAUUUUACCAAUUGAACGGAUGAGUUCUCAGAAAUGGGUGUAGCGCUUUUAGAUCCAACAUGUAGAAUAUGGAUGCUACCCCAUGCUAUUUAUUUCUUCAUGCCAACACCUUUUUUGAUUGUGUAGGAUCUUUGUCUCUUCAUCUUUGAGUUUGGAUUGUGGGAAAAUAAAAGGAGUUCAUGUAGUUUUUUCUCCAAGCUUGAGUCACCAUGAGUAGUAGUUUAGGAAAAGAAAAAGACUCUAAAGAGAAUCCCAAAGUACCAUCAGCCAAGGAAAGAGAAAAGGAGGCAAAAGCCUCAGGAGGUUUUGGGAAAGAGAGCAAAGAAAAAGAACCUAAAACCAAAGGAAAAGAUGCCAAAGAUGGAAAGAAGGACUCCAGUGCUGCCCAACCAGGAGUGGCUUUUUCAGUUGACAAUACCAUCAAACGGCCAAACCCAGCACCUGGGACAAGAAAAAAAUCCAGCAAUGCUGAGGUGAUUAAGGAGCUUAACAAGUGCCGUGAGGAGAACUCAAUGCGUUUGGACUUAUCCAAGAGGUCUAUACACAUACUGCCAUCAUCAAUCAAAGAGUUGACUCAAUUAACAGAACUUUAUUUAUACAGUAACAAAUUGCAGUCCCUCCCAGGAGAGGUAGGCUGUCUAGUAAAUCUCAUAACACUGGCUCUAAGUGAAAACUCACUCACCAGUUUGCCUGACUCUCUUGAUAACUUGAAGAAGCUGCGGAUGCUUGAUUUACGGCAUAAUAAACUGAGAGAAAUUCCUUCAGUAGUAUAUCGGCUAGAUUCUCUCACUACUCUCUACCUUCGCUUUAAUCGUAUAACUACUGUAGAAAAGGACAUAAAAAACCUGUCGAAACUCAGCAUGCUCAGCAUUCGCGAGAAUAAAAUCAAACAGUUACCUGCUGAAAUAGGUGAAUUAUGUAACCUCAUUACGCUGGAUGUAGCUCACAAUCAACUUGAACACCUUCCAAAGGAGAUUGGAAACUGUACACAGAUAACCAACCUUGACUUGCAGCACAAUGAACUCCUAGACCUCCCAGAUACUAUAGGAAACCUGUCCAGUUUAAAUCGACUUGGUCUGAGAUAUAAUAGACUUUCAGCAAUACCCAGAUCACUAGCAAAAUGCAGUGCACUUGAAGAAUUAAAUUUAGAGAACAAUAACAUUUCUACUUUACCAGAGAGUCUUUUAUCAAGUCUUGUGAAACUGAAUAGUUUGACCUUGGCUAGAAAUUGUUUCCAGUUAUAUCCAGUGGGAGGUCCAUCUCAAUUUUCUACCAUCUAUUCCCUCAACAUGGAACACAAUCGAAUCAAUAAAAUCCCAUUUGGAAUUUUUUCCAGAGCAAAAGUAUUAAGUAAACUGAAUAUGAAGGACAAUCAGUUGACAUCACUUCCUUUGGAUUUUGGAACUUGGACCAGUAUGGUAGAAUUGAAUUUAGCAACUAAUCAGCUCACAAAGAUCCCUGAGGAUGUAUCUGGUCUUGUUUCUCUUGAGGUUCUAAUAUUAUCCAAUAAUCUUCUAAAGAAGCUUCCCCAUGGUCUUGGAAAUCUUAGAAAGUUAAGAGAAUUGGAUCUAGAGGAGAACAAACUGGAGUCCUUGCCAAAUGAAAUUGCUUAUCUUAAGGAUUUACAGAAAUUAGUCUUGACAAACAACCAGUUGACCACUCUUCCCAGAGGCAUUGGUCACCUUACCAAUCUCACACAUCUAGGCCUUGGAGAGAACCUACUCACGCAUCUUCCUGAGGAAAUAGGUACACUGGAGAAUUUAGAAGAACUGUAUUUGAAUGAUAACCCCAACCUGCAUAGCCUUCCAUUUGAGCUGGCUCUCUGCAGCAAGCUUUCAAUCAUGAGUAUUGAGAACUGUCCACUCAGUCACCUUCCACCUCAGAUUGUUGCUGGAGGGCCGUCUUUCAUCAUUCAGUUUUUAAAGAUGCAGGGUCCAUAUCGUGCCAUGGUCUGAUUCAAACCUGCUGUUCCUACACACUGUUCAAAAAUAGACUGCCAUCAUUGUUUCAUAUCUAUCUGUAUCUAUUUAUGUAGAUAUUGAUAUAUAUGGCAGAUUUAUAAAGACCGCAUUAUGUGUUUCUGCAAAUAGAGGAAUCAUAGCCAUUUAGAUUUUUUUUUUUAAUUCUGUACAAAAAAAAAGGCUUACAUAAGUUUUCUUUGCUAAAUUUGAUGGAUGUUUUUCUGUUGUGUUACCUGGUAUGCCAGUUUUCUUAAAAAGUUUGCCAACCAAUUAUGAAGUCACUAAAUUUAAGGAACAGAAGUAGUAUAGUUUGGUAUACUUUCCUCUUAAGAAAAAUAUGGGCCAAGGACUUUGUUGCAACUUUUCGUAUACAUUGUCCCCAUACCAGAGAUCAGAUCUUUAUAGUAUUAUAGGCCCCAAAGACAGAACUUUUCUUUAACUUAUUUUGAAAUUUGAGAUUUAAAUUUUAUGUAUGUUUACAGUCAGAGUAAAUCACUGGAUUUUGUUUUGUUUUGAUUUGCUCUGUUUUAAUCAGUCAGAUAUAGAUUAUAUCCUCUGUUAAAGAAUUUGCAUUAGCUGGUUUGAAUAUAAAAGACAAUUGUUUUUUGAAACAGCUAGCAAAGUAAAAAUACACAGUCAAAAAAUCUAGAAUUCCAUUAAUUUUGCUUCUCUGAUUAAUGGAAGCAAAGUAUUGGAGGUAAGUCUGGGUGGGGCAGGUAUUAAGAUUUUCUGAGUAUAAAUAUGUUUUCUUAACUUUGGGGGAACAGAAACUUGUAGUGAAGAGCUUUUCAUUCCAGAAAAUUGCAGAGCCACAAAAACCAACAGAGAAAUUUGGCAGAUAUCUAAGUUACACAUAAACACACAUUCUAUAUAUGUAUAUACAAUGCUAUAUAGAUAUGUAUUUAUUAUAUCAUAAACUACAAUAGGUAACUUUAAGGAUUUCUCCCUAUCCUUGUACAAUGAAAUGAAUGUCUUUCUUUGAAAACUGCAAUAUAUGUACGUUUCAAGGUUAUUUAACAGUGUACUAUGGUUUUAUAUCUUGACUUGCCUUGUACAUCUAUCUGUUUUGGAAUCUCUGUGUCUAAGCACAAUAUCUUCACACUGUGCUGUAUUGCUGCUGAACUAAAUGCACUUUUCCCCAUAUAUGGGGCACUGGCUUCAAACAAUUCAGUUCAGUACCAUUACUUUUAAUCUCAUCUUUCCUCUCUUGGUAGUUGGUAGUACAGUUAUGGGAAAGAGGCACAUUGCAUAGAAGCCAUUGGUAGUUCUGUGGAUGUUAUGUGAGAUGUGCAUGUGCUAUUUUAUAUAUUUUCUUUCGCUUUACUGCCUUCAAGACUAGCAGAAUUGUAAAUGUGUGCCCCUUUAUGUAGUACUGUUAUUUUUGGUAGUGUUGGUCUUAAGUCAGUUUACUUAUUGAGGAAACUUACAGAGCAAGUGAAUUCUAGAUAUCAUCCUAAAAA